AUGGGGAUUCCUAGGGGACCUCUUGCGUCCCUUUUCUUGGUCGUCGUUUGCUGGCCGCGGUGCGCGGCCUCCGAGCCAUGCCGGGCAGUGACCUUGAAGGUGGAGGGCGCGGAGCUGGAGCCCGGGCAAGUACUGGGAAAAGUUUUUACGCGCUGCCCUGGACAAGAGUCAGCCCUGCUUCGCACUGAUGAUGACAACUUCACUGUGCUGAACGACGGAACUGUUCAAGAACUUUUUAAAGUAUUGAAGAGCAGAGAUACAUUGAAGAACUCUCUAUCCAAACGUAUCUUACGAAGACGCAAGAGAGAAUGGGUGGCUCCACCUCUGUAUCUCCUUGAGAAUGGCAAGGGUCCCUUCCCCCAGAGGCUGUAUCAGCUCAAAUCUAAUAAUGACAGAGGCACCAAGAUUUUCUACAGCAUCACAGGACCUGGGGCAGAUAGUCCCCCUGAGGGUGUCUUCACCAUAGAGAAGGCGAGUGGCUGGUUGUUACUGAAUAAUCCACUGGACCGCGAGAAAAUUGCCAAGUAUGAGCUCUUUGGCCAUGCUGUGUCUGAAAACGGUGCCUCAGUGGAGGAACCUAUGAACAUCUCCAUCAUUGUGACAGAUCAGAAUGACCAUAAACCCAAGUUCACCCAAGAAAUCUUCAGAGGAAGCGUCUUAGAGGGGGCACUACCAGGCACUUCUGUGAUGCAGGUGAGAGCUACGGAUGAGGAUGAUGACAUCCAGACCUACAAUGGGGUAGUUGCUUACUCCAUCCAUAGCCAAGAGCCAAAAGACCCACACGACCUCAUGUUCACCAUCCACCGGAGCACAGGCACCAUCAGCGUCAUCUCCAGUGGCCUGGACCGGGAGAGAGUACCUGAGUAUACAUUGACCAUUCAGGCUGCCGACAUGGAUGGAGAAGGCUCCACUACCACGGCCGUGGCAAUGGUGGAAAUCCUUGAUGCCAAUGAUCAUGCACCUACAUUUGACUCCCAGGAGUAUGAGACCCGGGUCCCCGAGAACGCAGUGGGCCAUGAGGUGCAACGACUGACAGUGACUGAUUCAGACAUCCCCAACUCACCAGCAUGGCGUGCCAUCUACCACAUCAUGGGAGGUGAUGACGGGGACCAUUUUACCAUCACCACCCACCCCGAGAGCAACCAGGGAAUCCUGACAACCAAGAAGGGCUUGGAUUUCGAGGCCAAAAGCCAGCACACGCUGUACGUUGAAGUGACCAAUGAGAGUCCCUUUGUGGUGAAACUCUCAACUUCCACAGCCACCGUAGUAGUCCAUGUGGAAGAUGUGAAUGAGCCACCCAUGUUUGUCCCACCCUCCAAAGCUGUUGAGGUCCAGGAGGGCAUCCUCACUGGGGAGCCUGUCUGUACCUACACUGCCCAGGACCCUGACAAGGAGAAUCAGAAGAUCAGCUACCAUAUCUUGAGAGACCCCGCAGAGUGGCUGGCAAUGGACUCAAACAGUGGGCAGAUCACUGCUGUGGGUGUCUUGGAUCGUGAGGAUGAGCGCUUUGUGAAAAACAACAUCUACGAAGUCAUGGUCUUGGCCACAGAUGAUGGGAGUCCUCCUACCACCGGCACAGGAACGCUCCUGCUAACACUUAUCGAUGUCAAUGACCAUGGCCCAGUCCCUGAGCCCCGUCAGAUCAUCAUCUGCAACCAGGACCCUGUGCCUCAAGUGCUGAACAUCACAGACAAGGAUCUGUUCCCCCAUACCUCCCCGUUCCAGGCCCAGCUCACCCAUGACUCGGAUGUGCACUGGAUGGCAGAGGUCAAUGAGAAAGGAGACACAGUGGCCUUGUCCCUGAAGAAGUUCCUAAAGCAAGACACAUAUGAUGUUCACCUUUCUCUCUCCGACCACGGCAACAAGGAACAGCUGACGAUCAUCAAGGCCACCGUGUGUGACUGCAGCGGUCACGUGGGGACCUGCCCUGAGCCCUGGAAGGGGGGGUUCGUGCUCCCCAUCCUGGGGGCUGUCCUGGCGCUGCUGCUCCUCCUGUUGGUGCUCCUUUUGUUGGUGAGAAAGAGGCGGAAGGGCAAGGAGCCCCUUCUACUUCCAGAAGAUGACACCCGGGACAACGUCUUCUACUAUGGUGAAGAAGGUGGUGGUGAAGAAGACCAGGACUAUGACAUCACUCAACUUCACCGGGGUCUGGAGGCCCAGCCUAAGGUGGUUCUUCGCAACGAUGUGGCACCAACCUUCAUCCCCACCCCCAUGUACCGUCUUCGUCCAGCCAACCCAGAUGAAAUUGGCAACUUCAUCAUCGAGAACCUGAAAACGGCCAACAACGACCCCACGGCUCCACCCUACGACUCCCUGUUAGUGUUUGACUAUGAAGGCAGUGGCUCUGAUGCCGCCUCCCUGAGCUCCCUCACCUCCUCAGCCUCUGACCAGGACCAGGAUUACAAUUACCUGAAUGAGUGGGGCAGCCGCUUCAAGAAGCUGGCGGACAUGUACGGGGGUGGCGAGGACGACUAG